UAAGAGUUAUCAAGAAUCCUAUUGCUAAUUAACCUUUCUAUAUUCCUCAUAUUACGUUCGUUAAUAUAAAGCAGACAGUUAGAGUAAUUAUAAACACGAGCUCGGGAAAAAGAUCGAUGUCUUGCCCGGCGGCGGCGGCGGCAUCAGAAGCGACGCCGUCGAGAUCAAGAAAGGAGAGAUGGUGGGUGAAGGUAAUGGACAAGGAAGAAGUCAAGAAUCAGAUUUGGUUCGCCCUUCCCAUGAUUCUCACCAACGCCUCUUUCUAUUUCAUCACUCUCGUCUCCGUCAUGUUCGCCGGCCACCUCGGUCAGCUUUCGCUCGCCGCCGCUAACCUCGCUAACUCAUGGUCAUGCGUCUCCGGUCUCUCAUUCAUGGUAGGACUAAGUGGUGCACUUGAGACAUUAUGUGGACAAGGAUAUGGAGCAAAGAUGUACAGAAUGAUGGGGAUUUACCUUCAGACUUCUUGCAUCAUAUCACUACUUUUCUCUGUAAUAAUUUCUGUAGUUUGGUGGUUUUCUGAACACAUCUUAGUUCUACUGAAACAAGAACCAGAAAUAGCUAAACUGGCCGGCCUCUACCUCAAGUUUCUCAUACCUGGAUUGUUCGCCUAUGGCUUUCUGCAAAACCUGCUCAGGUUUAUGCAGACACAGAGAGUCGUUUUGCCUCUGGUCUUGAGCUCAAUGGUCCCGCUGGCUAUCCAAGUCGGGCUCACUCACGUUUUGGUUCGGUUAACAAGCCUCGGUUUCGUUGGCGCUCCGUUGGCUGCCUCGAUUUCGUUGUGGAUAUCGUUUCUUAUGUUGGGUUUCUAUGUGUUGUAUUCGGAGAAGUUCAAGAAUACAUGGGAGGGAUUUUCUUCUGAGUCAUUUGUUCAUCUCUUUACUACUAUGAAGCUGGCUUUGCCUUCUGCUGCUAUGGUGUGUGUGGAGUAUUGGGCUUUUGAGGUUCUAGUGUUGCUGGCAGGCCUUAUGCCAAACUCGCAGAUAACAACUUCACUUAUUGGAAUGUGUGUGAACACAGAAGCCAUUGCCUACAUGAUCGCAUAUGGUCUUAACGCAACUGCAAGCACGAGAGUGUCCAAUGAGUUGGGAGCGGGAAAACCCGAGCGAGCUAAGCAUGCGGUGACAGUGACUUUCAUGCUGUCUUUCAUUCUGGCUUCGGCAACGGCUCUUUCUCUGAUCAUUGGUCACAAUGUUUGGGCUGGCCUCUUUAGCAAUAGUUCUGUUGUCAUAUCAAAAUUUGCUUCAAUGACACCCUUUCUUGUUAUCUCAUUCAUCUUUGAUUUUUUCCAAGGAAUCUUAUCAGCGGUGGCUAGGGGAUGCGGAUGGCAGCACUUGGCCGUGUGCAUAAACUUGGGAUCAUAUUAUGUCGUUGGGUUGCCAAUUGCAGCACUCUUGGCUUUCAAGUUCCAUCUCUAUGCUAAGGGGUUGUGGAUUGGCUUGAUAUGUGGUCUGGCUUCUCAGUCAUGUGGUCUGUUGUUGCUAUCUAUCUUCACCAAAUGGGACAGAGUUGAGAUCUCAACUAGCUCUGAUGAAGAGAAAGCAUUGCAUGCUGAAUCAAUAUGAGACUUCCCUAUAGAUGGAUUAGAAGUUUAGAACUACUAUCAUCUUGUAUUCUUGUAUGUGAUAUUGAUAAACAAAAUUGUUAGUGAUAUCAGUGUGUACAAAAAAAAUCGAAAAAAUAUGAUUUAUGUGGGGUGUAGUUUUGUAAUUACUCCCUCCAUGUCAAAAACCAAAGAGUUGAGAUGCUAAUGAACCAAUUAUG